CCAGGGACUAGCCAGUACUUCCGUAUCGGACCGGACCUUCCAGUAUCGACACGUAUACUGUAUAACCCCUCCUGCACGAUGAAUGUCCAACAGUCCCGAGAGGGGCAUUUCAAUCCCGCAUCGCCUCAUUCUUCAAGCGGCGCUGCUGACUCCUUCAAUGGCACCCCUGACACUCGAUUGUCGGCCUUUUCUCCGGAGGAUGGAUCUGCUAGAUCUACAAAGACGUUAGGGUCCCUCGGCUCCGGCGCCCGAGAGGCUGGUCCAAUCAAGUACCCAGCCAAUUCUCAACAACCUCUAGAAAGGUCGAAUUCGUUCUACCAUGGGAACCCCCAUCUUGAUAAGGACCCCUUCAUCACUUCGUCUUCUUCAAGUCUUAAGACCACCCAGAAGCUCUCGCCAACGGCAUCUACAUUCUUUCCUUUACCUUCGAAUACGCUCAUCCGCGGUUCGGCGUCUGAGCCUAAGAGGGUAUGCGAUGACUUUUCGGAGGAUCUGCUUCUGGGCUACGGCGGUCGAGCCUCUGGACAAUCUUCGCCGGGUGGUUUGACGUACCGCAUGUUCGUCCACGAUAAGCCAAGCACGGAUGCUGGAAUCUCAAGAUGCCUAGUCAUCUCGACGGUCCACGGCAAAGUGUCUCGUGCCGACAUCGAACUCUACCUAAAUGAGCUCCAGCAGGCGGGCUUUCCAUUCAAGGGAAGCAAAGAGAUAUACGAGUGCGGCGAGCAAAUGUUCAUUCAUUUUUCCAACAUACGCGACGCCUGCACCGUCUCCUCGAAUCUCGCUAUGGGGGGCCGUGACUGGAUAGUGCGUUCGGUUACUCCUCGAGAAUUUUCGCAGGUUGUGGAACCCGGGGUUGGUCUUGUUACCGCCCAUGAGGGCCAGCUAUAUCUCAGUGUGUUUGCGCACGCGGCAAAUGCCAUCACCGACCCCCAGCAGCUUGAGGCCUUCCUGAAGGAUAUCCUGCAAUCUGAAGGAGACUUAUUUGCCCUUCAGACACGAGAAGGGGUACAGGGAAGUCUAAUGAGCGCUGUCGUCGAAUAUUGUGACAACGAGAUGUCCCUGCGUGCUGUCUCUAGGUUCAAUGGCGUUGUCGUUAAUGGCCUUCAAAUGUGCAUCGUCAUAUACCGACCUGAUAUUCAGCCGAUGCUAAACGCGGCACCAGGCGCAGUGACUGGUCCAGCUCGACCUAUGGCUAGUGAAUCGGACUUAGUUGGUGGCUUCCAGCGGAUGUCUCUGUCAAGACCUCAGUCAGUCGUAUCGUCGACGAGCAAUUCUCUACUACACACACAAGUUCGGUCGCCCGUCUCCGCCGAUGGCUUCCAGCUUCAACCAUCUUACGGAAUGAUGCCUGUUUUAUACCAUGGCCUACCUGUUAGUUCCUCCUAUGUAUUCGAUCAACUCCCCUCCAGAAGCAAUAGUACCGUGGCAUCUGCCGGCAACUAUUCUUUGGCGAGUCCCAUGGCGUCGCAGCAGGGCCCAUACCUACCUACAGAUCUCGUGACACCGCGACAGUUCCAACAGUGCGGCCGCCCAGACGGUCGCCGGCAAAAUGCCAUGCGGGUUGCUAGGUCGCCUUACUACAAUGCCGCCAAUCAUCACAAUCACGUCGACGUUGGCCGCAUUCGGGAAGGGAUUGACGUGCGCACAACAAUUAUGCUACGCAACAUACCUAAUAAGGUAGACCAAACGCUUCUGAAGCGAAUUGUUGACGAAUCUAGCUGGGGCAAAUACGACUUCAUGUAUCUGCGCAUCGAUUUCGCAAAUGAUUGCAACGUCGGUUAUGCGUUCAUCAACUUUGUCGACCCGUUGGACAUUAUCGACUUCGUGAACGCCAGGGGUAAUCAACGCUGGAACUGCUUUAAGAGCGAUAAAGUGGCUGAGAUUUCGUACGCGACCAUCCAAGGCAAAGAUUGUCUGGUACAGAAAUUCCGGAACAGCUCGGUGAUGCUUGAGGCCCCCCAUUAUCGCCCUAAGCUCUUUUACACCCUGAAUGGGCCCCGUCCCGACAUGGCUGGCCAGGAAGAGCCCUUCCCGGAGCCUGACAAUCAGUCAAAGAUGAAGAGAAGCUGCGAGAAUGCAGAGCAUGUCGGCCUUUUCACUCCACAUGCAGGCCAGCAUUUCCGUGACGAGCAACGGCGCCGCCGCUCUCAAUUCGACCGUGGAACUCGGCUUGCCGCCCUUGAGGAGUACGACUAUAAUACAGCCGCGCGCCAGCAGCCUUAUUACACGCCUCAGUAAGCUCCUGACAACCCCCGCGACCGUUCCUGGGGGUUGUGGGUGGUGUUGAUGUAGGUAUUAUCCCGGGUCGGUCCAUUUCGGCAAAGAAACUGUUACUAUUACAUACUAUGCUCCUAAAGACGUAAACUUUCAGGCACAAGGGGAAUUUUUCCUAUCAUGGCUCGGAAAUCCCCCAUAUGCUAUACUAUUCAUAGAGCAGUCUACCAAUGGCAUACAAACCUGCAUAGCGCCUCAUUUCCUACUGUCGACUAU